AUGGAUCAAAUCACGCCCAAGGAGGUGAAGAUCCUCGAGAAUCCCGAGGACAUUCAGGAUAGACGAGAGCAGGUACUGCGACGAUAUGCCAACUUCAAGGUGGAGGCGCGCAACAAGCGCGAGAGGCUCGAGGACUCCCGUCGCUUUCAGUACUUUAAGCGAGAUGCGGACGAACUCGAAGGAUGGAUCUACGAGAAGCUCCAGGCAGCUUCCGAUGAGAGCUACAAGGAUCCGACUAAUCUGCAGGCAAAGAUUCAGAAGCACCAGGCCUUUGAGGCUGAAGUCGCAGCUCACUCAAACGCCAUCGUGCUGCUGGACAAUACCGGCUCAGAGAUGAUAGCUCAACAUCAUUUCGACAGCGAUAUUAUUCGCAAGAGAUUAGAGGACCUGCAUCACCUGUGGGAAUUGCUUUUAUCCCGACUGGCUGACAAAGGGCUGAAGCUGCAACAGGCUUUGGUACUCGUGCAGUUCAUUCGUCACUGCGACGAGGUGAUGUUCUGGAUCCACGACAAGGAGGCGUUCGUAACGACCGAUGAAUUCGGACACGACUUGGAGCACGUGGAGGUGCUCCAAAGGAAAUUCGACGAGUUCCAAAAGGACAUGGCCAGCCAAGAGUACAGAGUGACGGAGGUGAACGAGAUGGCGGACAAGCUGCUGUUGGACGGGCAUCCCGAGCGCGACACCAUUCUGCGGAGGAAAGAGGAGCUCAACGAGUCCUGGCAGAGACUGAAGCAACUGGCGAUCCUGCGGCAGGAGAAGCUCUUCGGGGCGCACGAGAUCCAGAGAUUCAACCGCGACGCCGACGAGACCAUGGCCUGGAUCGCGGAGAAGGACGUGGUCCUGUCGUACGACGACUUCGGUCGGGAUCUCGCCAGCGUGCAGACCCUGCAACGAAAGCACGAGGGCAUCGAACGCGACCUGGCCGCCCUCGAGGAUAAAGUGUACACUUUGGGCGCGGAGGCGGAUCGUCUCGCCGCGAUUCACGAGGCGGACCACUCCAAGCAGAUCCAAGCGAAGCGCGCCGAGAUCCUGCAGUCAUGGGAGAGCCUGACGGCGAAAGCGAAAGAGCGCCGGCUGAAACUCGACGAGUCUUACUACCUGCAUCGCUUCCUGGCGGAUUAUCGCGACUUGGUAUCGUGGAUGAACGACAUGCGCGCCAUCAUCUCCGCGGACGAGCUAGCCAAGGACGUGGCCGGCGCCGAGGCGUUGGUCGACAGGCAUCAGGAGCACAAGGGAGAGAUCGACGCGAGAGCGGACAGCUUCGACGCCACCACGUUGGCCGGCAACAAGCUCCUGGAGGAGAAGCAUUACGCGGCCGAGGAAGUGGCGCGCAAACUGAACUCCCUCGCCGAGGACAAGUCGUCUCUGCUGAGCCUGUGGGAGAAGCGACGCAUCCUGUACGAGCAAUGCGUGGAUCUACAGCUGUUCUACCGAGACACCGAGCAGGCGGACGCGUGGAUGGCCAAGCAGGAAGCGUUCCUGGCUAACGAGGACUUGGGGGAUUCCCUGGACAGCGUGGAGGCGCUGAUCAAGAAGCACGAGGACUUCGACAAAUCGUUGGCGGCUCAAGAGGAGAAGAUCAAGGUGCUGGACGACUUCGCCGGGAAGUUGAUCGAAGGCGAGCACUACGCCGCGGACGACGUGGCGCAGCGACGGCAGCUGCUGUUGGAGCGACGGGCGGUUCUGCUGGAGAAGUCCGCCCAGAGGCGCCGCCGUCUGGAGGACGCGUACAAGCUGCAGCAGUUCGAGCGGGACUGCGACGAGACGAAGGGCUGGGUGAACGAGAAGCUCAAGUUCGCCACCGACGACAGUUACCUGGACCCGACCAACUUGAACGGCAAGGUUCAGAAGCACCAGAACUUCGAGCAGGAACUGAACGCCAACAAGACGCGCAUGGAGGAGAUGGUCGCCACCGGGCAGGAGCUGAUCGACAGCGGCCACUACGCCAGCGACCGCAUACGCACCCGCACCGACGAGAUCGUCACCCUGUGGGAGAGCCUGGCGCGAGCUACCGAGAAGAAGGGCGCCAAGUUGCAGGAGGCCUCUCAGCAGCAGCAGUUCAAUCGGACGGUCGAGGACAUCGAGCUGUGGCUGUCCGAAGUGGAAGGGCAACUCAUGUCGGAGGACUACGGCAAGGACCUGACCAGCGUGCAGAACCUGCAGAAGAAGCACGCGCUCUUGGAGGCCGAUGUGGGCUCGCACGCCGACAGGAUCGACGGGAUCGCUCAGGCGGCUGAGCAGUUCGUCAAGUCGGGUCACUUCGACGCUGACAACAUCAAGUCCAAGCAGGAGCAACUGCAGGCGAGGUACGGCGCUCUGCAGCGGCCGAUGAGCGUGAGGAAGCAACGACUGCUGGAUUCCCUGCAGGUGCAACAGCUCUUCCGGGACAUCGAGGACGAAGAGGCGUGGAUUCGCGAGAAAGAACCGGUUGCGGCGUCCACGAAUCGCGGCCGCGACCUGAUCGGCGUGCAGAACCUCCAGAAGAAGCAUCAGGCCGUUCUAGCGGAGAUCAACAAUCACGAGCCGAGGGUGGCGGCGGUUUGCCAAGCGGGCUCGGCGAUGCUGCAGGAGGGGCACUUCGCGGCCGAGGAGAUCAGUCAGCGACUCGCGGCUUUGGACGAGCACUGGGGCCAGCUGAAGGACAAGGCGCGGCAGCGCAAGAACGACCUGGACGAUUCCCUGCAGGCGCAUCAGUACUUCGCCGACGCGAACGAGGCGGAGUCGUGGAUGAAGGAGAAGCGGCCGAUAGUGAUGAACGGCGACUACGGCAAGGACGAGGACAGCUCGGAGGCUCUGCUGAAGAAGCACGAGGCCCUGGUCAGCGACCUGGAGGCGUUCGCGAGCACGAUCGCGGCGCUGAGGGAUCAAGCCGCCGCUUGCAGGCAGCAGGAGACGCCGACGGUCGACAUCACCGGCAAGGAGUGCGUGGUCGCUCUUUACGACUACACCGAGAAGUCACCCAGAGAGGUGUCCAUGAAGAAGGGCGACACCCUGACUCUCUUGAACUCCAACAACAAGGACUGGUGGAAGGUCGAGGUGAACGAUCGCCAGGGCUUCGUGCCGGCGGCGUACGUGAAGCGCGUGGAGCCCGAGGCGGGUCUCAGCGCGUCCCAGCAGAACUUGGCGAGGGAGCAGAGCUCGAUCGCCGCGCGGCAAGCGCAGAUCCAAGGCCAGUACGACGAUCUGCUGCGUCUGGCGCGCGAACGGCAGAACAAGCUGAACGAGACCGCGAAGGCUUACGUGCUGGUGAGAGAGGCCGCGGAGUUGGCCACCUGGAUCAAGGACAAGGAGAACCACGCGCAGGUGCAGGACGUGGGCGAGGACCUGGAGCAGGUGGAGGUGAUGCAGAAGAAGUUCGACGACUUCCAGGCGGACUUGAAGGCGAACGAGGUGCGCUUGGCCGAGAUGAACGAGAUCGCCGUGCAGUUGAUGAGCCUCGGCCAGACCGAGGCGGCGUUGAAGAUACAAACGCAGAUCCAAGACCUGAACGAGAAGUGGACCAGCCUGCAGACGCUCACCGCCGAACGCGCCAGCCAGCUCGGCUCGGCGCACGAGGUGCAGCGCUUCCAUCGCGACGUCGACGAGACGAAGGACUGGAUUCGCGAGAAGGACGCGGCGCUCAACAACGACGACCUGGGGAAAGACCUGCGCAGCGUGCAGGCUCUGCAGCGCAAGCACGAGGGUCUCGAGAGGGACCUGGCCGCGUUGGGAGACAAGAUCAAGCAGCUGGACGAGACUGCCAACCGGCUGAUGCAGUCGCAUCCGGAGACCGCCGAGCAGACCUACGCGAAGCAGAAGGAGAUCAACGAGGAGUGGACUCAGCUCACCGCCAAGGCCAACAGCAGGAAGGAGAAGCUUCUGGACUCGUACGAUCUGCAACGAUUCCUCAGCGACUAUCGCGACCUGAUGGCUUGGAUCAACUCGAUGAUGGGCCUGGUCGCCUCCGAGGAACUCGCCUCGGACGUCACGGGCGCCGAGGCGCUGCUCGAACGUCACCAGAAUCACAGAGCAGAGAUAGACGCGCGAUACGACGUACUUCCAGAGGAGCACCGAAUGGAGAUAGACGCGAGAGCGGGCACCUUCCAGGCGUUCGAACUGUUCGGUCAGCAGCUGCUGCAGUCCAGCCAUUACGCCAGCGUGGAGAUACUGGAGAAGCUCGAGUCCAUGGCCGAGGCGCGGCAAGAGCUGGAGAAGGCUUGGAUUCAACGGCGCAUGCAGCUCGACCAGAACCUCGAGCUGCAGCUGUUCUGCAGGGACUGCGAGCAAGCGGAGAACUGGAUGAGCGCGCGGGAGGCUUUCCUGAGCAGCGCGGACGCGGUCGACAGCAGCGACAACGUCGAGGCACUAAUCAAGAAACACGAGGACUUCGACAAGGCGAUCAACGCCCACGAGGAGAAGAUCGCCACGUUGCAGACGUUGGCCGAUCAGCUGAUCGCCGCCGAGCACUACGCCGCCAAGCCCAUCGACGAGAGACGCUGCCAGGUGUUGGACCGUUGGCGGCACCUGAAGGACGCUCUCAUCGAGAAGCGGUCCAAGUUGGGCGAGUCUCAGACGUUGCAGCAGUUCUCCAGGGACGCCGACGAGAUGGAGAACUGGAUCGCCGAGAAACUUCAGCUGGCUACCGAGGAGAACUACAAGGACCCCGCGAAUAUACAGUCGAAGCAUCAGAAGCACCAGGCGUUCGAGGCCGAAUUGGCGGCCAACGCGGACCGUAUUCAAUCGGUCCUCGCAAUGGGAGGUAAUCUGGUGGAGAAACAUCAGUGCGCCGGCUCGGAGGACGCUGUUCUCAAGAGACUGGCGUCCAUCGCCGACCAAUGGGAGUACCUCACGCAGAAGACCACCGAGAAGUCGAUGAAACUGAAGGAGGCCAAUAAGCAGCGCACCUACAUCGCGGCUGUGAAGGAUCUCGAUUUCUGGCUGGGCGAGGUCGAGAGCCUGCUCACGUCCGAGGACGCCGGCAAGGACCUCGCGUCGGUGCAGAACCUCAUGAAGAAGCACAAGCUAGUCGAGGCUGACAUACAGGCGCACGAGGAGAGAAUCAAGGAUAUGAACGCGCAGGCCGACUCGUUGAUCGAUAGCGGCCAGUUCGACGCCGCCGGCAUCCAGGAGAAGCGGCAGAGCAUUAACGAGCGUUACGAGCGCAUCAGGAACCUGGCGGCGCACCGACAGGCGAGACUCAACGAGGCCAACACGUUGCACCAGUUCUUCCGCGACAUCGCCGACGAGGAGUCCUGGAUCAAGGAGAAGAAGCUCCUCGUCGGGUCGGACGACUACGGCCGCGACCUUACCGGCGUGCAGAACUUGAAGAAGAAGCACAAGAGGCUGGAGGCCGAGCUCGGCAGCCACGAGCCCGCCAUACAGGCGGUCCAGGAAGCCGGUGAGAAACUCAUGGACGUUUCCAACUUGGGAGUGCCCGAGAUCGAGCAGCGUCUGAAGCUUCUCAAUCAGGCGUGGGCGGAACUGAAGCAGUUGGCCGCCACUCGGGGACAGAAGUUGGACGAGUCUCUGACGUACCAACAGUUCCUCGCCAAGGUCGAGGAGGAGGAGGCGUGGAUCACCGAGAAGCAGCAGUUGUUGUCCGUCGAGGAUUACGGCGACACGAUGGCCGCUGUGCAGGGUCUGCUGAAGAAGCACGACGCGUUCGAGACCGACUUCGCUGUCCACGGAGAGCGUUGCAAGGAUAUCUGCGAGGCCGGCGAGGCGCUUAUCAAGGCCGGCAAUCAUCGGGCGGACGCGAUCAGCCAGCGGUGCGAUCAGCUGCGCAACAAACUGGAGCAACUGGGAGCGCUCGCGGCUCGCAGGAAGACGAGGUUGAACGACAAUUCCGCUUACCUGCAGUUCAUGUGGAAGGCCGACGUGGUGGAGUCGUGGAUCGCCGACAAGGAGACCCACGUGCGUUCCGAGGAGUUCGGCCGAGACCUCUCCACUGUGCAGACGCUGCUGACGAAGCAGGAGACCUUCGACGCCGGUCUUCACGCGUUCGAGCACGAGGGCAUCCAGAACAUCACCUCGUUGAAGGAGAUGCUCGUCGACUCCGGCCACGAUCAGACGCCCAGUAUCCAGAAGCGCCACGGCGACGUCAUCAUCCGCUGGCAGAAGCUCCUGGCCGACUCGGACGCGAGGAAGCAGCGCCUCUUGAGAAUGCAGGAUCAGUUCAGGCAGAUCGAAGAGCUCUAUCUGACAUUCGCGAAGAAAGCUUCCGCCUUCAACUCCUGGUUCGAGAACGCCGAGGAAGACCUGACGGAUCCCGUGCGCUGCAACAGCAUCGAGGAGAUCCGCGCCCUCCGAGAGGCGCACGCGCAAUUCCAGGCGAGCCUGUCCUCGGCCGAGGCCGACUUCCAGGCGUUGGCCGCCCUCGACCGGCAGAUUAAGAGCUUCAACGUCGGACCGAACCCCUACACGUGGUUCACGAUGGAGGCGUUGGAGGAUACUUGGCGUAACUUGCAGAAGAUUAUCAAGGAGCGCGACGUCGAGCUCGCGAAGGAGGCGCAGCGGCAGGAGGAGAAUGACAAAUUGCGCAAGGAAUUCGCCAAGCAUGCCAACGCGUUCCAUCAAUGGCUUGCGGAAACGAGAACGUCUAUGAUGGAAGGAUCCGGAUCUCUGGAACAGCAACUGGAGGCCACCAAGCGAAAGACACAAGAAGUGCGCGCACGUCGCCAGGAUCUGAAGAAGAUCGAGGACUUGGGAGCUAUUCUGGAGGAACAUUUGAUUUUGGACAAUCGUUACACGGAACACAGCACCGUAGGCCUGGCACAGCAGUGGGACCAGUUGGACCAACUGGGAAUGCGCAUGCAGCACAACUUGGAGCAACAGAUCCAAGCCCGAAACCAGUCCGGUGUGUCUGAGGACGCGCUCAAAGAAUUCUCCAUGAUGUUCAAGCACUUCGACAAGGAUAAGAGCGGCCGUCUGAAUCACCAGGAAUUCAAGUCGUGCUUGAGAGCUCUGGGUUACGAUCUGCCCAUGAUGGAGGAAGGACAGCCCGAUCCAGAGUUCGAGAAUAUACUAGACAUCGUGGAUCCGAACAGGGAUGGUUACGUAUCGUUACAAGAAUACAUGGCGUUUAUGAUCAGCAAGGAAACGGAGAACGUGCAGAGCUCGGAGGAAAUAGAGAACGCUUUCCGAGCCAUCACCGCGGCGGAUCGGCCAUACGUCACGAAGGAGGAAUUAUAUGCUAACCUCACGAAGGAGAUGGCCGAUUAUUGCGUCGCCCGUAUGAAACCUUACGUAGAUCCCAAGUCGGAACGACCGAUAACAGCCGCACUGGACUAUAUAGAGUUUACGCGUACUCUUUUCCAAAAUUAAUCGCGCGCAUACAUACACCUAUUAUCAUUAUUACAUUUGCAGCUUAUUAAAUUAUAACCGCAUAAACGGUACAAGUAUCGCAUUUUUCCCAAGAGACCACGUUUGAUUAAUAUUUCUACUAAUAUAUUAUUAACAUAUUAAUAUAUCAUCGUUUAUAUAAAGUAUAUCGAUAAUAAAAAAUUAUACCGCACAUAGAUCAACUAGUUGAUGCAGAAACUUGUACACGGCUUGUUUUUGAACCAUUACUAUACGAAACGUAAAUUCUUCUCGUGAACGAUUGCAGUAUCUUUUAUUAUCUUUUUCUAUUAGUAGGCAUAUAUGCGAAAAUGAUAUGAAAUAAAGGUUGCAGAAAUAU